CUGCUCCGUCGGGCUAUUCUUCCUCUGCGCCGCCGCUGCCGCCACCACGUCCAAAGUCGCCUCCGCAGUAUCCUGAUUUAUAUGGGAAGCGCCGUGAAAUGGCGAAGGUUCAGAUGCUUGAAAGAGAGAUUGGUUUUCUUGAGGCACUAAGGGAGAACUGGGAAAUGUUAUGGUAUGUUGGGAUUUGAAGAGGCAGUUUAAAAGUGAAAACUCCGAGAUUUUUAGCACUCACAGGUAGUGUUUUUGGGAAGUGAAAACAAGCAACGGAAAUGCAUGAUGAGACGAGUACAGGGUAAAGAGUUUUGAUUAAUGAAUCUGAUAAGGGACGUGAGUUUUUUAUGGGAUCAAUUCGAAGAGAUUGAAAACAUUCAUAUAUAGUUGUGGACCUUGAAUUUCAAGGUUGGAAAAUACAGACAACCAAGGGGGAAUGUGUUGAACCUAAAGCGCAUAUUGGGAGUGCUUUCUUAAAUGGAAAAUAAAAAAUUUGAUCGCUUUUGCCCUUAUUUAUUCGUACAUAUAUGAUCUUGUCAUGGCAUUCAAAUACAUACCUUUUCGCAAAUUGAAGUGGUGAAAGCUGAAGUUGGUCAUUUUUAGUGUCUGUUGUCGGUCAUUGCCUAAGCAUCCUCGAGCCCGAAGUCUAUAUAUCCAUUCUGCAAGUGAUUUAACUAUGUUAUAAUAGAAAUGGCAAAUAGAGAUAUGCAAGUGAUUGUACACGAUUUUCUCUGGCUUUACCUAAGGUUUCGUAUCUGAAAAGCUUGAUCUAUUAGCAUAACUCAGUUCCAGCUCGACGAGAUGUUUUUAAGGUUAAGAUUGAUCCUAACAGAACACCGUGACUGAUGGAAGGUAGUCGUUGAUAAUAGGAAUUGCCUCUAAUUUGCUAGUCCUAUAAUAAAGUUUCACAAAGACAAUUUUAUGCAUAAUGAAUCCAAUGAGUAGCUUUUCAUAUACUUCUAAUACAUACGAGUGGGUGAAGAUGUUAUGUCACAACUUUUCUGUGAGCAGGAGGAAUUAAAAUCCGUUCAAAGCCUUCAACCUGCUUCUAGAUGCUGCAAAGAGGUUGCUGAUUAUGUGGUGGCAAACUCGGAUCCUUUUAUAGCUACAAAUCGGAAGAAUCGUCGGCGCUGUCGCUUCUGGAAAUGGCUGUGUCGAAUGCCUUGUUUUAACCUCUCUUGGAUCUGCUGCUGCUGCUGCUAUAAUGGGUGCUCACUUCAUCUAAAAAUGCCGCGCUGCUGUUGUGACUGCAAUCCAUGUAACUCUUGUUCCUGUGCCAGCUGCUGUUGCUGUAACUGCAAUAGAUGUAACUGUGGUUCUUGUCUCCACUGUGGUUCCUGCAACCGCAAUACAUGUAAUUGUGGUUCCUGUGUCCCCUGUGCUUCCUGUGAUUGCAAUACAUGUAAAUGCGCUUCCUGUGUUCCCUGUGCUUCCUGUGACUGCAAUACAUGUAAAUGCGCUUCCUGUUUCAGCUGUGCUUCCUGUGACUGCAAUACAUGUAAAUGCGCUUCCUGUUUCAGCUGUCAUCUGCCGAAGUGGCGGUGUUGUGCUUUUCCACGAUCAAAUUGCUGUCAGAAAGAUUCAUGCAUCAGAAAUUGUUGCAAUUUUCCAUCUCCUUCAUGCCCAGAUUGCUCUUGCUGCAUUUGGAGAUGUUCACGUCCUAAAUGUCCAAAGGUACGCCGUUGUUGCUGUUGUACAAAAACUUGUUGUAACCCUUGUUAUCUAUGUUACUAGCAUAUUUCCAGCAUUUCCAUUCAGGAGCAUUGUUCUGUUCUUCAAAUUUAUUGUAAAUGGGUAAAAGUAGAUUUGUUGUGGAGACAUCAGCUUCUUUUGAGAUUGUUGGAAUAGUUUUGACAAAUAGCAUAUGUCUCAGAUCACAUUAUCGGCA